GAAAGUGACCUGCAGACGGUAAAGUAUUGUGGUCUGACAAAAAUCGGCUCAGUUUGGCGGUGGAAACAGAAAGGGCGCGUGGGGUACCUUGCCAGCAGAAUCCAGGCCUAGCAUAAGUAUCCGGACAUCUUGGUCUUUGCUCCACCGUACAAGCGACGAAAGAGAGUUGAAAAGAGACGAUAUUGAGAGGCCCAUGCGAUGCAAUGUGAGAGUAAGGAUGAAAGGCCUGGCCUGCUUAGUGCUAGUCCUGUUGCUUAGAAAUGUCCAUAAUCGGGACGACCACGUGCCAUAUCAAAUUCACCUUUGCCGCUCCUCAUCGGUACGGGGCUACGAAUGGGCGCAGAUAAACCAAAGCAAAAUCACGACGAACACAACAAGGAAACCUUGGAUAAUGCUCAGGUAAUAGCCCCAUCCGAGAAGGAGAAAAAGCAGAAAAAGAAGUCGGAGAAAGUGGAAAAGGUGAUCCAAGGUGACUUGAAGGACGAAAAUAAGUCGCCGCGGCCAGUCAAAAAAUCGAAGAAGCGAAUGCAUUCUGAAGCGGUGAUGGACGAGGCAGAAUUACAGCCCAAGAAAAAGAAACAUAAAAACAGAACUGGCUUUCCAGAUCCAUCGGAGGAUUCAUUACUGUCGGAACAAGCCCGAAGAGCACUCGAAUAUGCGUUCACGCAAUUUCACCGUCCUAAACACUGGAAAUUCCACAAAGCAAGACAGAAUUGGCUCCUACGUAACAUAUGGUCUCCUACUGCCGUCCCGGAUCCUCACCUGCCACUGGUUGCAAAGUACCUUGCAGGCGUUCAGGGUAGAGCGAGAGAAAACCUCGUUAACACGUGUCGCUCUCACGUCACCGAGGCUGGAGAAGCCGUAUCCAAUGAUGAACCACAGGGCACCAGUGGGCAGGCGGACCCAGAACCUAAACUCAAAGAGCUACGUGCCAGAGCGAUCCUCAGUGUUCUGGAGGCUACUUCAUAAUGACAGAUGUUCCCAGGUCCUGAAUGUUUCUUUCUUGGUCUUGGCAUCGCCCUCAGUCCUUUCGAUAAUUCCCAUCCUAUCUUUGCGUAUGAUCACAAUGCAUUUCCUCUCAAACGUUGGUUGCGUGAACAUUCCACCUUGAAAUGCUUCCCAAGCCGUCGGAAGUACGCUUGAUUCCAUUUCCAAUUCUCGAACUUCUCUUCGUGCAUCUCUCGUGUUGGCAUCGUAUCCCUCGAAGUUUGAUAUACGAAGGGACGUAAAUUCACUAAAUUCAAGAGCGGAUUGAUGCAGGUGCAUCUGAUCAGGAACCAUUUAGCUUCUCCGUCUUUUCCCCCGUCGCCCAACAAACCAGAUCAGCAGCAGAUCCCGAACAUACACGGCAUAACCUGUUACA